UGUUUGUAAUAUAGUUAAGUCAAAUACUGCACAUGAAAAUGGCGUAGUAAGGUGGUAUAACGCCGUAAUUAUCAUCGCAUAAAUAUGUCGUGAAAAGUUUCGAACAGUGAACAGGCGUCUAUCAAUUGACUUUUUAAGCAUUUAUAACGAUACCGUCCAAUUAAAAGCAUUGUGAUUAAUUCGAUGGAUCACUCAUCCUAAUAACAGCGUGAAAAGUGUGUUGUGUGUUGGUGACUCGUACUGUGAUUUGACAACGGAUAUGUUCGAAUUCCUGUUAAUGUUUUAGAGGUCGAACGAGAUGUACAAGCUUAAUUAAACUAACGUAAUUCAAUUUUCAUGAAGAAUAUCCAACGAUGGCACUCAUACUUGGAAGAAAUCAAGAAUUUUUCCUCGUGACAGCUUGACGACCUCGACUCCAGACGAGUUCAAGAUGGCGCCACCGGCAUUUUGACACUUGCCCAAGAUUCGUCAGCUGGAUUUUACAACCGCUCCGAGUUUCGAUUAUGAGCAGAGAAUUUUACGUUCCUUGUACACCCUACACUUAUCAGGUAAAACACGUUUCGUCACGUGAAUGUUACGAUUCUUCGUAUUUGCAUGUAUUCUGUGGCAGCGGCGGCGGGUCGACGGAGGGCAUCGUCGGGAGCGUAAGCGGGAGCGGGAGCGGUGGUAACAGCAGCAGCGGCGGCGGUGGCAUGGAUUGCAUGCCCCUACGUCCAGGCCCCUUUCACUACUUGAUAAGCGAGCAGGCGAAAUCGUUGCUCGCCCUGCAGGAGUUGCAGAAUGAGGUCGGCGCCCUUCUCGAGUUCCGGGACCUCGUCAUCGAGACGUUCCCGAACCUCCGCCACAAGAUGGCCGCGACGGCGUCCGCGGGAGCGUCCGUGAUGACGUCGUCCUCGUGCACCCAAAACUCUCACAUCCCUCUGCCGCUUUCGAGCCCGUCCUCGAGGAGAAUAAACGAAUGGGAGCCUGGCAAGGUGAGGAGGCGAGUUCCCCGGGAGGCGGGCGGCGGCGAAUCGUCCUCGUUGCCGAGGAGUCGCAGCAACUCGCACAGCGGCGGGACCAAGAACAAUUGCAGCGCCACGGUCCAGGAUUCCGGGUUCAGCACCGAGACGUCCUCCAAAGAUAGCGCCUCGACCGCGAUAGCGCCCAGACCGAACAGUCCCAGGCCAGCUAUACUGGACGAGGCCGAGGACGAGCUGUGGAACCUGUUGGACGUGAUCCAUCGCAAAGGGAUCAGGCUGAGAGAGGAGGUGGAGUGUUUGCAGGGUCGGUUGGAGAGCGUGGCGUCCGAGGAUCUCGGCUCGACCGACAUCCUCGACGCUGUGAGGAAGGUGGCGUGUCUGGAGGACGAGAAGGCGGCGGCCGUGGGAUCGAGCGAGCAGGGGAGCAAGGAGGAUGACGAGGACGGCAAGGAUUCUCAAGUGAUAGCUCUGAGGAGGGAGAAGGAAGAAUUGUUGGACAAGGUGGCGGAGCUGGAGGCGGAGACGAUAUCGAGCCGUGCCAGGGCGCAAGAGUUGCAGUCGGAGUUGGCCGCGUUGUCCGCGUUGAAAACGGGCCUCGAGGAUCGGUUGAGGGCCGGACUGGCCGAGACCUCCUCGGAUAUACGCGUGCCCGGCGCGCAGAGGUUGCAACCCAUAACACCCGUGGUGCUGCCCACCCUUGUUUCCACGCCGAAGAGCAACAACGUUAGCAAUAUUAAGAGCAAAUCUUCGGCGUUCGCGCCCGUCGCGACGUCCACGACCAAGGCUCACAAGAACCGUUUCCGGACGAGGACCAUAGAGAAGAACGUGUUGCUGGACGUUACGGGUCGCAACGAGGAGCUCCGCGACAUCGACGUCGAGGCGAGCGUGAACGAGAGGAGGGCACGACUGGGUGCGUUGGAUUCCGUCCUUGUGUCCCCUACCAGGGUCGCCCACGUCAAGGACGUUGAUUCGAAGAAGAUCGCUGCCAUUCUAAGAGAGAACUCGCCCCUCGAGUUGCAGCGGCAUUUGAUCACCACUACCGUCCAUAAUCAGGUCCUACAAAAGAGAUUAGACGAGGUGGAAAAAAGUACGGAAACUCUCUCGGAACGGUUGGACAAGGCACGAGAAGAGAACGAUGACCUACGUUUUCAGUUGGAAGAGAGGAACAUCGAGUUGGAAGGUACACGGGCGCGCGUGCGCGUGUUGGAGAGACUGCAGCAAAGGCCGCCGACGGAAGCCGAUCCGACGGACGCGGACGGGGAUCAACCGAGAUGCGAGCAGAACGGUUUGGAGCCGGGGAGCAGCACAGAGUCGGCACGCGAUCAUCACCAAGCCGUCGAGGUGAAGCCAUCGCCCCGGCGUCGUCCUAGUCGUAUACCCUUACCCGGUGCCACCGCGAAGGCGGCCGCGCCCAGGCCGCCCAGCCACGGAAGGAACGAUAGCAAAGAGUCGUUGAAGUCGUUGACGAGGCCUCCCCGUGAUUCUAGUCGCGACAGCCACUGCGGCAAGUCGUUGUCGAAGGCUCGUGACUCGAAUCGUGAUUCCCUGGGGAGCAAAAGCCUGACCAAGAGCGGCAACAGCAACGGCGGAAGCGGAGGCGGAAGCAACAACGGGAACGGAAACGGCAAGGAGACGAACAGGGAGUCCCUGAACAGGUCCCUGCCGCGUAACAAUUCCAGCCGAGACUCCUUAAACAAAUCCUCCUCGCUGUCCCGCGCCCGAGACUCGCUGGAGUCUAACAACCUCGGCGCGUCCUCAUCCCCGGGGACGACUCCUCCUCGACGACCGCCCGCUCCUGCACGCCGUUCCUACAGCCUGGCCCGCGCCUCGUCAUCCGUUGAUACCGAGAACGGCAAGAGUUGCACCGAACCACCGAGUUCAUGGUGCUCGACCAACGGCAGCUUCCGGCACAGCGAUUCCUCCUUGUAUCCGGACUCCUUGAACCAAGAGACCUCGUCGGUCACCGGCACUACAAGAGUGGAAUUCAUCAUCGGUUCGCCGACCAGACGCUUCCGUCAGAGCUCUGUCUGGCCACACCGCUAUUUCGAUAGCAUAGACUCGGCGGCGGCCAUUCAGGAAAGUCUGUUAACCGACGAAUUUUCGCUUCGACGUGGCGAGGCAUUGGCCGAGUGCGAUUCUCUCGAAUGUCAUCCGAUCUCGAACGAGAGCUGAAUGAUCGCGGAGAUGUCGUUUGUCGGCCAAAAUGUCUGAGGAAUUUUGAUGGAUUGACUCGUUGAAUCGAGCAUUUAUCAAUGAUAUUGAAGAUGAAGAUUGAUAUCUUUCGUUGCGAUCCGUUUUAAUUUUAAUCUUCGAAUAGUCUUCCUAAUAAUGCUGCGUAUUGUUGUUAAAGAAGAAGUAUGCAUGUUUUUUUGUUUCGUGAUAUUUAUAUUUGUAUAAAUUGUUAGGAGAAUUUAAUAAUUUUCUUCUCGUCGGUUGUCGCUUUUAUUUUUUGCAAAAUUUUCUAAAGCGUAACGAAGUAUGAAAUGUUAAAAUAUUUAUCACGAAUGAAACUUUUCUGUUUUAAGAUAUUGUCAAAUUAACCAAUUGAAGGUUAAAUUUGAAUAUUUUUUUUUAGUUUUAUGAUCAAUUAUACGAUCAAUUUCUUUUUAGAAAAGAUUUAUAAGGUAUUACUACAUUCAGUAUUAUACGAUCCAACGAUGAAGAAAAUUUUUAAGAUUAUCAUUUUCAAGUCUUCAAGUGAAUUUGAUAUCGAUCUUAUAAAUAUUUGUUUUUUCUUUUUAUUUUAUAUCGAUUUUUAUUAUUAAAUUUUUAUGACCAAUAAUAUGUUCAACAAUUGACUUAAUUUGUACAUAGAAAAUCGUACGUGUAAAUUCUUUUAAAAGUUUUAUUUUAACGAAGUAAUAUUAGGAAUUGUGCGAGUUUGAAACAUCAAGAUUCUUCAGUAUACUGCAAUUAAUGAUCAUAGGAACAAAAUAUUUUUGUAAUAGCUGAUUGCGCCAAUUAUCAUUUCACAUUAAUCAUUUUCACGUUUUGCAUUUUAGAUGCAUUUUAUCAUGUGAAUUUUUCUUAGAGUUUACAAAUCAAGCAUUUCAAGCAUUAUGGAAUUAUAUUGUGUAUUUUCUAACAACUGACAGAAAAUUAAUCAAUUUUUUUAAUUUCCAAUAGUAAAACUGUAUAUGUUUAGACGCAGAGAUUGAUAAUCAUGUAUGAUACACCGACGUGUGUUCAUUUGCAGUGUCGAAUGAAAGAUAUAUUGAUGUAUAUAAUUUUCGAGCUAAAAUUUUUAUUUAUUGAAAAUACUUUUUAUCUACUUGACAAAUAUAUCUACCCUUUAUCGUUCUAUAAAAAGAAUUAUUAUAAUAAUUCUUUAAGGGAGCAAUAAUGACUAUCAACAUUAUUGUCGAUCUAAUUUUUUUGUUCUAUAAAUCUUCAAUAAAUAAAAUCGUUGAAAAAUGUAAGAUAAAAUAAUUUUAAAAAGUACAAGCAUUUUCUUAUGAACUUUGGUAAAAACGAAACCAAAGUUAGGAAUAUUUUUUCGUCCCCAAAAAUGAAUAGGUCGAUAGAUACAUAUUCACAUUUCAUUGUUUAUCGACAUUGAAUUAUAUAAUAUUUUAUAAAAAAUUGUUAAUAUCCAUAAGUUAACGUAAAACUUACAUUUUCAAUAGAAUAUACGAUAUUGUUCUUGAAAAACAAAUAUUACAAAUGAAUGGAUUUUCACUGUAUAAUUUUAACAUCAUUUGUUAGUAUAUUUUUAAACGUUAAAUAUUUUCAUGAAAAUAAAUUUGGAUUUUUAUUGCUCGAUAAAAUGUAUUUUUUAUAAAGUAAUUAUUUAUACAACCAACUUCAAGAAUAAGUUUGUUCGACAAACUUUUAAUUACUUGAUACCAGUUUGGUAAG